AUGAAGACAGAUCCUAUCGAAACACAGUUGCUCAUUAGAACUCUUGACCCCACAAAAAGCCGGCCUUAUCAAUCCAGCAAGAGACAAACCGAUAGCGGGGCUACAUUCGGAACAACCCCACAACCAAAACCAAGCACCGUCGUGGUUGAACCGGGGGACAUUGCCCCCGACUUUACAUACCAGGAUGCCAUCAAGGACAUCAAGAUCAGCACGUUCCCGGGGUACCAUCUGCCUCACGUGUGGCUCGCCGCCGACGGUCAGACGCGGAAGAUCUCGUCGCUAGAUCUCUGCGGCCGGGGCGCGUUCACACUCCUCACCGGCAUCGGCGGAGCGGCGUGGAUCAAGGCGGCCCAGGACUACUCCUCCGCAGACAAGGUACAGAUUAGGGGCUACGCGGUGGGGGUGGGAUGUGAUUAUAUGGACUGCUACCGAGACUGGCAGCGGACACGAGGAGUCUCCGAGACCGGGGUAGUGUUGGUUCGGCCUGAUCACUUUGUGGCCUGGAGGUGCCAGGAGUUGGUCGAAGAUCCUGUCCAGAAAAUACACUCGGUGAUGCAGAGGAUUCUGGGGCAAUGA